AUGUUUCGCUCGUCCAUCGCCCGCGCUUCGAGGAGCUCCACCAUCGUCAUUCCGUCCGCCGCGACACGCACAGCUCUCCCCAGAGCUGCCCCGGUAGCUUGCCAGCUUCAGCAAUCCCGCCAGGCACAUGCCAUCUCCAACCCGACGCUCGCCAACAUUGAGAAGCGAUGGGAAGAUAUGCCCCCUCAGGAGCAGGCCGAUCUGUGGAUGACGCUUAGGGACCGCAUGAAGACUGACUGGAAGGAGUUGACCAUGCAAGAAAAGAAGGCUGCCUACUACAUUGCUUUUGGCCCCCACGGUCCCCGCCGACCCCCGCCUCCGGAUGAGGGCCGCAACGUCUUCCUCCUCUCUUCCGCAGUCAUUGCCGGUGCCAUCUCCAUCUUUGCCGUGACCCGCAUGUUUGCCAACCCUGUCCGACCCCGUACCAUGACCAAGGAGUGGCAAGAGGCCUCUGAGGAGUACCUGAAGGCUCAAGGAAGUGAGCCCAUUACUGGUUACAAGGGAAUGCUGAUCCAGAGCAAGUCUGAGAAGGACGUGCCAACUAACCAGAAGAUCAAUGAUGAGUAA